UGGACUCUCCUAAAGAUGCAGCGAUUCUCUAGUGGUGCCCCAAUCUCACCACUCAUCAAAGGAAACCGAGAUUUCAGUCGGAGUUUACAUCCAGCCUCGAUAGCGUGAUCAUAAUCCUCAUGGGAGGAAAGACACCCUGGUUCAUCUUUAUUCUAUGGAGCAUUCCAUAUGUGGUGAUUCAGGCGGGUAUACCUCCUCCAUACCCUCUCACCCAGACGACGGCUCGACCCAAACGACUCGAAGACCUGACACCAGAUGACAAAGUCCGAAUUCUGUCCGAGCGUGGAAGUCCCGUCACUGCUGUCUUGCAAUUUAUCGAGAACAUCGCUUCCUUACAACCGAAUGCUUCCUGUCGAAGAACUUCCCUGGAUGAAUUUUCCAGCCAGGGAUUCGAUUGGCGCCAAUCAAACAAGUUCGAUAAGUUCGAAAAGCAGAUGAAAUCUGCUGUGAAGACUGCCAAUGUUCUCAAUCAUUACUUUCUAAAGGCCUCCAACGACACUGAUAUCGAUGCCCUUUUCUUCUACUCCUUGGCUAAAGCCAAUGUGGAAAGCGAUCCUUCACUGUCAAGUAGCAGCAUUGUCCUUGCUUCAGAUUCGGGCGACUUCUUUGUACCUCUUGCCUACAGAGGUAAGGAUGGCAAGAUCAGGUCCAGGAAUUCAGCAGGUUGGUUCCUGGAUCGAUGGCCUGGCAACGAUUGGUUCUGGGUUCUGGAAAUGGGAAACUAUUCCGAGCUUUUUGAACAAGUUGCGAACGGCAGCGAUCUAGUGGUGACAACAGAAGAUGGAUACUGGUCAGCACCUUACAUUGACUGUAAUGUAUCAUCAGUUUGGCAUGUCACAUAUGGUGUUCCGUUCUUCUCUAGAACCGCCGAUGAGCUUUAUUUCAAGGGCGUCGUCUCCGUGAGCAUGCCAAUCAUCAACGUCGACAUCAACCAGUGUGAUGGGGAAUCCUAUCUGUCUGCCUUCUCAUCAUCUCACCAUUGUGAUCAUUCUUCAACACAGUGUGUGCCAAUUUCAAACAGCGGUUUCCGAAGAGGCGCUUACCGAUGUUACUGUAAGCCCAAUUUCUAUCCUGCAUCCGGUGUAGUGCAUCGACGGAGUAAAGACUUCUUCGAUGGUGAACUCAUUGAAAAGGCUUAUGUGGAGAGUGUUCUGAGUGGACAAAAUACUUUCAUCCACAACUUCCACUGCCUGCCUUGUCGAGUCGGUUGUGAAAUGUGUAUGGGAGACGAGCCAUGUUAUGUGGAAUACGGUCUUCUACUACGCAGUUUAGUAUUGUGCUUCCAAAGCUUUUGCAGUACUCUUGUCAUCAUUCUGAUCAUAGUGGUUUUCGUCUUACGGAAGAAAAGGAUUUUCUCCAGCUCUAUGUGGGUAAUGCUGGAGACUAUAUUAGUCGGAGCUCUCUUUCUCUACCAAACGGUAAUUAUUCGUUAUUUUGAGCCAAGUGUUAUUACUUGCAUGUUGGAACCAUGGUUUCGAGGGUUGGGCUUCGCAAUAUGCUACGGAGCCAUAACAUUGAAAAUAUACAGGAUUCUGGCUGAAUUUCAGACAAGGAAAGCCCACAGAGUUUGUGUCAGAGAUAAAGAUUUGCUCAAAUAUCUUAUGGGUAUCAUUACAGUAGUAAUUGGGUAUCUGCUGGCCUGGACUGCAGUAAUAAUAGAUAACAUGAAUGAAGGCUACAGCGUUGUUUCUCACGAGCAAACUUCAAUGGGCUUAAAGUACGUCAUCUGCCGAGCGCUUUGGUGGGACUACGUCACAGAAGUCGGUGAACUUCUUUUUCUGCUGUUCGGGGUGUUUCUCACAUACAAAAUACGCAAUGCAAGGUCUGAUUGUUUCCAUGAGAAGGAAACUUUGGCUUGGUCAAUAUACGUUGAAGCUCUGGUCUCACUGCUUAUGUACUCGAUAAGGCAUGUUGUGUGGUCCAAUCUUCAGCCUGAUUACAUCUACCUUUUGUAUUUUCUUCGCUGCCAGUGCACUGUCACUAUCAUCCUGUUUUUCAUCUUCGCACCAAAAUUAUGGUAUCACGCCCGUCCCCCAGAGAUCAUGGAUUACCAGUCGGGGCGUCAAUUAUCGUCAUGUGGAGAUGUUCGAGAUCACAUGCCGGAAGCGAUGAAACUACAUGAGGCCAUUACAUCAAAUGGAGAAGUCGAUUUUUCAGAUAUUAACCUCGGUGACAUGGACCCUGAAGAUAUCCGGACUGAGUUGCGCAGAGUAUACACUCAGCUUCAAAUCCUGAGAAACAUCACGAUGCGGAAAGGCAAUCCGCACAUCUCAAGACGCCGUGGAGGACGAAAGGGAACUCACCGCAGGUUCUCUUUGCAGACAUUCCAUCAUCGUCACAAACACUGCCACGAACACGAAGUGACAGAAGUCUCCAAGACACCGGAAGAUUCUACAGCGAGUAUCGAUGGAACAGUAACAGGGACAGGAGACAGUUCGUCAAUCAGGCAGGCCGAAGAGCAGUCGAGUGUUACUUUCAAAGAAGGUUCGAAACAAUGAGCAGAUGCCAAACAGGCUGGUCCAAAAUGCGACUUGCCAUUGGCAGGAUCUUCUAUUAGAUCUUGGGAUUAGGUGGUUUGUAUGUUCCAAAACUCAGAAGCUCAAUUGCUCAUUCAUUCCCUUAUGACACAUAAGAAUCAAGUGUUGAUUAGUUUUUCGUGAUUAUAUAUCAUAAUUGCUUUCUGAGGCACUAUUAGAAGCGUUAUUAAGUUUUUCUCAUAAGUAUUAAACACAAGAUCAGAUAGUUUGAACUCAAGGUAUUAGCGCUGUGGGGAAGCUAAAAAAAAUUAACUUCGGGCAGAAAACAUGCUCUUUGAAGUAUAAUUAGUACACCAUUUACUCAAUGUACAGCAGUUGAGACUCCAAAUUUUAAAAGACAUCGUUGGUCAGAAAUAAGUCAUCAAAAUGAUGGCCAAUUAAAUUUUUUCAAAAUUCUGUUCUUUUUUAUCAGUUAUUUAAUUUAUAUUUCAUCGUAUUUGAUUAUUAUUUGAUGAAAAAGAUUCAAAAGAGGAAGUGAAAAUCUAACGAGAGAAUUUCUACAUUUUUAUUUAAUAUUGUUGAAAAUUUGUUUGAUGUCGUCAAACAAAUUAUGAGGAUGAUUGAUAUUCACCAGAAUCCCCUCUCAAACUUCAAAAUUGAUAUGCAAUUAUGGUCAAAAGAAAAAUUGCUUUCAAAUUAAAUUUUAGUUUCUUAUUCUUCUGUUUUCAAGCAAUACGCGAAUUAUUUUUGGAGCACUUGAAUAUACCCCAUUCAAAUUCUCACGUGAUAUCAGCGGGAGGAAGUUAGACGUUCAAAGUCAAACUGUUAAACGGAACAAGCUAUAUCAAACGUUUUUAAAAAGUCAUCUUAAAGCUAGUAUCGAGCAGCUGCAAAAUCCAGCAUUCAAAAUGCAUUAAAACGGACUUAGCGUAUCCAGCUGUUCUGCUAUGAAAACAGUGUUCCCCAAGUGGCAUUCAAGAAAGAACUUUGAUUUAUUAAUAAACUUAAAUAAAAAUGUGGAUUUUUUCGUCUUUAUUUAGUGUUUUUUUUUAACUUUUAGACUAAA